AUGGCCGAAACUAAGUUGACGAUGUCCCUGGAUGAUCUAAUAGCACAGGCAGGGAAAAAGAAAGAGAGGAGGCCUCAGCAACAGCGGCCGGCCUCCGGCCAGGCACCAAAGUCUGGUCCCCGGAAAGGACUGCGGAGAAACCGGCAAAAGAACGCCGCGAACGGCAACGCGGCUCCUACUCAGCCACGGCCCAAGCAGCAACCUCAGCAGCAGCAGCCACAGCAACAGCAGCAACCUCAACAGCAGCAGCAGCCGCGCCAGACGCAGGCCCAGCAAGGCGGUCAGCGCAUUCGCAAAAGUGGCGCGCCAAACCUCGGUAUUCGCGGUGGACAGGUGCAGAAGCGUAACGUUAUCGAAGUGCCGGUCAAGAUGAUCAGGUCUCCACAGCAGGCUCUCCCGCCUCCGCGGAGACAGGCAUUGCCUAUGCGGCAACAAGCUCCGGAGGGCAAGUGGCAGCAUGACAUGUACGCUGAUGACUACCAGCCUCCGCGACGUGCUCCCGUUCCUACAGCCCCGAGUACCAAGCUCAUCGUUACCAACCUUCAUCACCAAGUUUCCGAGGACGACUUGCUGGAGCUGUUCUCAACGUGCGGCACCGUCAAGAGCAAAGCCAUCAACUACGACAACUCCGGGCGCUCCCUGGGCUCGGGGUGGGUCGUGUUUGAGACCCGGGCGGAGGCGGAGGCGGCCAAGAAGGAGUACCACGGCGUCAAGCUGGAUGGGCGGCCCAUGGAGAUUACCUUCGCGGACGGAGCUGGUGCCGGAGCCUCCUUGACGAAGCUAUCUUCGGGCAUCUCGGUUCAGAAGCCUGGCGGGGGUGGAGCGGGUGGCGGCCGGGCCGGCGGUGGCGGCGGUGUGGGCAAAGCCGCGGGCGGCAACGGGGGCCAGCGCCUGGCGGCGGCUGCGAUCCGGGAGACGGCAGCGGCUUCGCGGGGCGGGGCCGAGCGAAAUGGCCGCGGCAACAGACUCCGUAGCGCCGUGGUAGGCCGAGCGCAACUGGAUGCGGACCUGCAGGACUACAUGCAGGAGUGA